CAGAACGUCACAGACAAUCCUCUGGUACAGGAAAGGCAAAGUGACAUCGGCCUGGAGAUAAUGAACACGGUCACGGAUUGCUAUCUUCCCCUAAACUCUAAAAGGAAGCAUAGAGAGAACUGCAAAUCGCCGGCCAAGCGUCCCCAAGACAUGCAUAACGGCAGUGAUAGCGAGCAAGAUGGGCAGUUACUGGAUUGUGCGGGUCUGUCUGCUUCACCAACCGGCAAAAAGCCCCCUCGGAUGCCAAAGUGUUCUCGCUGCAGGAACCACGGCUAUGUGUCUCCCCUGAAGGGCCACAAGAGAUUCUGCACUUGGAGAGACUGCCAGUGUCAGAAAUGCAAACUGAUUGCAGAACGACAGAGAGUCAUGGCGGCCCAGGUAGCACUGAGGAGACAGCAGGCACAGGAGGAGGAGCUGGGCAUUUGCCACCCUGUUCCACUUCCAAACACAGAUCUGGUCAUCAAAAGCGAAGGCACUGGAAACAGCUCCUGCUUGUUUGUUCCAGGGGGAGAGUCCCCGCCUUCAGCCUCAGCCAGCACAGCACCAUCAUCUUCAGUUACAGAGAGCCGUGCCAAUCUGCAAGAUAGUCCAUCUGCCACCAGUAGAGGGCACACGGAGAGCACACCUGAGUUGAUUGUUGAUUCAUCCUACUACAGCAACUUCUACCAGCCACCCCACUACCCAGCUUACUACAACAACCUGUACAACUACCAGAGUUACCAGAUGCAAAACAAUGAGAGCCGGUUGUCCGGCCACAACGUGACACCUCAGUACCGGAUGCAUUCGUAUUACUCUGCAGCCUCUUACCUGGGCCAGGGCCUCGGCACUGCUGCCUGUGUGCCUCAGCUCUUCACCCUGGAAGACACCCCAACCUACACCGAGCCAAAGACAAGCAUAUUUUCGCCAUCAAGUAGCCAUGAUUCGGGACUCGCCUGUCUGUCCAUCAGCUCCCUGGUUGGCUCUGAAAGCACUAAGCAAGAGUGCGAAACCAAUUCUGAGUCUGGAGCCUUCACUGUGGAUUCUAUCAUUGAGGGGUCCAGUGAGUAA